AUGAGGUUCAGUCGAAAUAUUCACCUCCAUCAAGUCCCAGAAUGGGCGGAGCAUCAUGUUCCAUACAAUCGGCUCAAGAGACUGCUGAAGAUCGCUGUUGAGAAAGCGACAGAGGAGCAAACUCGUACCGACUUCUCAGAUGUGCAAUCAUGCCUAGACCUGAGCAUCGCGGGUCAUCUUCGGUUUCGCAAAGAGCAAGAAAGCUAUCUUCGAAAGCAAGCAGAGGAGAUACAGAGCCAUUACCGCAUAAGCCUUUGCAAUUUCGAUAUGACUACGGCGUACAAGCUCUCCCGGCUUGACAUUGAAAUCCUUUCCCAAUCGCUUUCUAGGUUUUCUAAGGAAGUUUCUCAACUGCAGCGGUACCAACGAUUGGACGUUGAAGCGGUUUCUCGUAUCCACACAAAGAUUGACAAAUAUCUGGGUAGGGAGAAAAACCGAUCUGCUGGACGAAAUAAUCUGGACAAAUUCAAGGAACAAAGUCCCUCGAGGAAACCUCUGGCUCGAAGCCUUGGAUUAUGGAUUGCUCAUCUACAGGAGGCACUUUCAGAUCCCAGCAGCAGGCCGAUCUACCCACAAUCCCCACUUUAUGAGGCACUACGGCAGGAUCAACCUUCAAUCGUGGUUUCUAUGGUAGAUGAGUCCUUACAGCAGAGCAAAUCAUCAACGAAACUAUUCGUCUUCCAUCUGCUGGAGCUAGCGGUAUAUGAACUGCGACCAAAUACUGUCUACACUUUACUGUUUGAUGUGCUGCCUCAAAACGAUAUUCCCAUUCAGGCUACAUUAUUGAAUCGCUUGUUCACGGUGAUUGGGGAGCUAGGACCCAGAUCAGAGGAGGUUCUGCUCUCGGAAGAUACUCUCGGGCGCUUCCCUCUGCACUAUGCUGCUUCAUACGGUCUUUUGUGGGAGUGCGUGGCAAUAUUUAAUGUCGCUAAAAGCUGGGACAAGGCUUCCAAAUGGUGCCUGAUUAUGCAUACUGACAAACGAGACUGUUCACCUUUUGAGUAUGCGGCUGUUGGCAACCACCGAGACGCCGUUUCAUCUGUUCUGGUUUACUUGGAAAAAGUCCUGCACGCAUCCGAUAAGGACGACGGAAUUGCACCAUUGUUCAGUCGAACACUAUUUACUGCGUUGCACUACGAGUAUGAGGAUCUGAUUGCGGUCAUCUCUCAGGCAUGCUCUCGCUUCUGUCGGACGCCCAGGAACUGUGAAGGGGCCAGCCCACUGCAUGUCGCCGCGCGUACCGGAAGGGCGGAUCGCGUCAAACAAUUGUUAGAAACCGUAUGCGUCUCUGAGCUCAGCUCGGUGGAGCCAAUCUACGGUUGGACCCCGCUAGCUGUCGCCUGUGUCGAAGGUCACCAGAGUGUCGUCGCUGUGCUUCUCGAGCAUGGAGCCGACCGGGACAUCAAGGACCACCGCGGUUGGACAGCACAGGAGCAUGCCGCUUUUCGGGGACAUCUUGCUUUGGCGAAGGGAAUGACAGGGCCAUCCAAGUGGGAGUCCGGUACCGAUGUGCUAACUGCCGCAUCAUUGGCGCAGCAGGAUGACAAUAUCAAGGCUCUACAUCAACGGCCGCAACUGGUGGUUUACCUUGGCAGCUUGCAGGAUGGAAAGCAGGUGAACCCAUUUGAAUUUCGAACACCAUCACUGAAAACAAAGACCACGAGCAAUGACCUUGCACUGAAAGUUUCUUCUCCUGGGGAUGACUCUGCCCGUCAAAUUAACAUGUCCCUUCUCGGUGACACAGCUAACGAAUCAUUCAUCUUCGAGCUUCCAACUACGGGCGAGGCAGAAUUGCGCCUAGAACUCCUCGAUUUAGGCGAUGGUCGUGGCGGCCAAGCAGAGUUGCUUGGUGGUGGUACAGUGCUGCUGAUAGACAAUCUCAAUUCCUUUGGUGAGAACCGGGAAAGUCUGGUGCGCGAGAGAACUAUUCCCAUUCUCGAGAGCAGGUCAUUCCAGGCUAUAGCUACGGUGACCUUCACAUUUCUUAUAAUCAAGCCAUUUCAGCAUCCCAACAUCCCCUCUGUGAGAGAAUGCUUUCUCCGUCAUGACGACUUUUGUCUCGUAGGACAUCGAGGCUUCGGACAAAAUGUUGCCGGGCAUGACUAUUUACAGUUGGGAGAGAACACAGUCGAGUCAUUCCUAUCAGCUGCCAGUCUGGGAGCUUCUUUUGUCGAGGUAAUGUUGAACUUCCAUAUUCUAAAUGCUCAAUUGACCAGGGACCUUGUACCUGUUGCAUAUCACGACUUUUCCUUAAGCGAGUCUGGGACUGACGUCCCAGUGCAUGAUGUGACUCUAGACCAGUUCCUGCAUGCGAGCAGAAUACAAUCCCCAAUGGGGCAUCCAACGCCCAUCUUGGGAAGCAGAUCCGACCAUAAGAAUCCACGCUCCCGGUCUCUUACCAGGGGCUACGAGCAAGGAGCGCAACAAAUGCAAGAGAGGAUGAGACACACCGUAGACUACUUGAGCAAAGGUUUCAAGCCCAACACCCGAGGCCACGUUAUCCAGGACUCAUUUGCAACCAUCGAAGAGCUACUAACCCAGCUACCGGAGAACCUUGGUUUCAACGUCGAGAUCAAGUACCCCCGAAUCCACGAAGCCACCGAAGCAGGGGUAGCCCCAGUAGCGAUCGAAAUCAACAUAUUCGUGGAUAAAAUCCUCGAGAAAGUAUUCACCCUGGGGAACAGCAGAAACAUUAUCCUAUCCUCAUUCACCCCCGAGAUCUGCAUUCUCUUAGCAUUCAAACAGCAAACCUAUCCAGUCAUGUACAUCACCAACGCCGGAAAACCCCCAGUCACAGACAGAGAGAAGCGAGCCGGUAGCCUGCAAGCUGCAGUGCUAUUCGCCCAGCAGUGGGGCCUCAAUGGAAUUGUUCUGGCCUCCGAGACUUUGAUCAUAUGCCCUCGGCUGAUCGGAUAUGUCCAGCGGUCGGGGCUCGUGUGUGGCUCGUAUGGACCACUCAAUAAUAUCCCGGAGAAUGCACAACUCCAAUUCGAUGCUGGCAUCAAUAUUCUGAUGGCCGACCGGGUCGGGCUUAUUGCUAAAGCACUGGAGGACCGGGAUGGCGAUGAUCGGCGAUUGAAGAACUAGCGGUUGCUCCGAUCGGGUGCAUAGAUAGUGGCGACAUAGAUUAUCA